UUACUUUAGAAUAAUGUUUGGGAAUUUCACAUUAUGUUUUUUUGAAGAAAUCUGAUGAUUCCUACUUAAAACUAAGUGUUCCCCCCACCUCCCCACCCUGCUUAUCAUUUUUUCGCGCAUUAGGCGGGAGUUCCAAACUAAACCCACCAUCUUUUUUUCUGAAGACAUGUAUGUGAAUAUUGAUUGGAAUUCAGAAGGCAAUGUUUCGUUCUUCCUUCGUAGAGGAUACUUCCAACCCAUGGUCACCGUCUUCGACGUACAUAAACGUUGGUUCCUUGCAAAAUAUUGUGAAUUUUGCGGAAAAGACUGGUCAUAUUGAUAGGAAAAAUGUGAACAUCGAAGGAAUUCGUAGAAAAGUUGCGAUGACAUCUCCUUCAGUAUCUUUAAUUAGAUUGCUGAGAGAAAUCUCAAGACUUGGCAAAGCCUUAGACAAGGUAAAUCUUGAAAUUCAAUGCCAUUUAAAGGAAGCUGAAACAAGGGAUGUAACCCAUGUUGACAUACUUGGAAGUAAGUGUCAACAGUUAGAACAGUUGUCCAAUCAGUUGUCUGUGAUUAUUGGGACAAAGGAUGAGCUUAUCUCAAGACUGCAGCAACCUUUUGUUGGAGAAUACCUGGAAAUAGACGCUGCACAUCACAAGAACACAGCCGAGGUUCUGCCCAUGAUAGCAUCUAAUUUAGCUAACUUUCCAACUCUGCUGGAGAACAUGACAUGGAUAAAGAACUUUUCACUUGCAGAUGGUCAAUUGCUUACUGUCCUGACCCAUAUUGAAUCAUCAUUUGCUGAGAUUCAAAGUUUCUACCAAGCAUUGUGCCAGGGUCGUAAUCUCAUGUCACACCUACAGGAAGAACAUGGCAAACAAAGGGAUUUAGCAUAAACAAAUGGAUUCCUAGCAAAUGAAUCCUUACACUCCACUGUAGAACUGCAAUAAAAUGGAGUGAGACAAUGUGGACAAACACAUAUUAAUGUAAAGAAAUUACUUUUGAGAGAGAGCAAAUAAAUGAACAGAUAAUGAAACAACUUUUGAUCAGUCAGGGAUAGCAUUUAAUGAGUAAGAACAGGUUCUUAUUUUCUCUCUUUCUAUUUUACCUGCAAAUACAUCCAUACAUUUUUCAAAUAAGUGCAACUGCUAGAAGUAAACGUGUUGUAAACUAAAAUUGGGAUGCUUUCAAUGAAAAAACAUGGAAAACACAUAGACAAGCAAUAAAGUCAAGAAAUUUUCUCAAAGCACAUAACAGGUGACACUUUCCAGAUAGGCACAGUGUACACAUGCAUUUGAUCAUGGUUGCAUCCUAUCAGUGAGAAAAAUCAGGAGGCGGCAAGGCCGAGUGGUUAGGGUGCUGGACUUGUCAUCCGGUGUCCCAGGUUCAAGUCCGUCACCCUGCCAUUCACUGGAUUUAUUCUUGGUUGCCCCUAGUUCAAGGUUGAUGUCUAUUAGGUUGUUACUUAGUUUGCACAUAAGAGAUAAUCUAGCCUGUUUACGUCUUAAUUGCAAUGACUCCCAUCCGCGUGUUUCAAUAAGUUCUGUUACACUGCUUUCACGGCGAUAAUUAUUCAUGCAAAAUCUAGCGGCUUUCCUCUGAAUCAUCUCAACAGCAUAGGUGUCCUUCUUGUAAUAUGGAUCCCAGAUUUCGCUCGCGUAUUCCAACUUUGGACGAACACUUGAUUUGUAGAGAGUUUCUUUGACAUUACGAGAACUGUUCCAAAAAUUUCGUUUAACCAAUCCAAGCACUUUGUUCGCAUUUCCAGUGAUGUCGGAAAUAUGUUCAGACCAUUCUAAGUCCUUCGUUAAGGUAACACCAAGAUAAAUUAUGGAGUUUAACUCCUUGGCUGCGCUCUGUAAAUGGCCCACUGG